GAACCGGGUCCAUUUAACGGCCCGCGCGGUUCCCCACGCCCUGAGGAGGAGGCCGCUGAUUGGCUGGAAACGAGGGCGCUGAUUGGCUGGAGAUAAACCGGACAUCGAUCCAGAACUUACCAGAAAAACCUGCAGAAGCCGUUUGUUCCUGAUGGCGUUUCUGCGGCUCCGCCCGUGAUGCCAGCCGCUGAUAGGGGCCCCGCUGCUGGCGCCCCGCCACCUGGCCUCCUAUCAGGCGGGCCGGCCCGGGUCAUCUGCGUCAGCGGCGGCCUGGCACCGGCGCGGUGGGAGGUACGUCCGGGCCGAGGGGAUUUAAACGAAACCGGGAACAGACGUCGGAUUCAGGCAGAGGGCGAGACGAGCAGAGAUGAGUCUGACGGAGAAGGACAAGGCUGCGGUGAAGGCGCUGUGGGCCAAAAUCGCCAAGGGGGCGGACGCCAUCGGGGCGGAAGCUCUGGCCAGGAUGCUGGUCGUGUACCCCCAAACCAAGACCUACUUCUCCCACUGGCCGGACCUGAGCGCCGGUUCCGGUCCAGUCACGAAGCACGGGAAGAAGAUCAUGGCUGGAGUGGCGCUGGCGGUGGCCAAGAUGGACGACCUGUCCGCCGGCCUGCUGGAGCUCAGCGAGCUGCACGCCUUCCAGCUCCGGGUGGACCCGGCCAACUUCAAGAUCCUGGCGCAGUGCCUGCAGGUGGUGAUCGCCUCCAUGUUCCCCAACGACUUCACCCCGGAGGCUCACGUCGCCCUGGACAAGUUCCUGUCCAACGUGGCCCUGGGCCUGUCCGAGAAAUACCGCUGAGCCGCUGCAGCACCGUGCUGCACGGUGCAGCACCGUGCAGCAAUAAACUGCUUGCCACCCAA